CCAUUUCCUCUGCUUGACACUACUUACAGUCUUUCUAGAUAUUCUCCUCUCCUACUGGAUACACCCAGGAGUGUCUUUGAGAAACCUUCCUAAAACCCCACAUGUUUCUUCUAGGUUGUUGUUGGUGACUCUUUGAUUUAUUUAUUGUUGGGGAAUGUAGCAAUAUUCAUAUGAUCGCAUUAACUCACCUGACUGUUUGGAUGUUUCUGUUAGUAAAUAUUUUUGGAAUUUUAUGAAUGAAAGAGAACAAUUUACAAUCAAGAAUUUCUUGUCACUGUGUUAACCUCAACCAACAUUCUCUGUUUAGGGGUCAGAGCUCUAAAAUGAGUCUCUCUGGGGAGAGAGAGGAAGGGGGCCCUGCCUCUGAAAUGAGUCUCUCUGGGGAGAGAGAGGAGGGGGGCCCUGCCUCUGAAAUGGGUCUCUCUGGGGAGAGAGAGGAGGGGGGCCGUGCCUCUGAAAUGGGUCUCUCUGGGGAACAUGACACCAAAGCUAAGAGCCCAAUCAAGCAGGAGAAACCAGCCUCCCCUGUACCCAGCUGUGUGUCCAUGGAGAGUGACGGGUCAAUUGAACUACCUAUAGAGUUUAGAGAGGGAGACUUUUCUACUAAACAAAGAAACCAACAGGAGAGAUCAGAGUCAGAGAUUCUCGGUAGUCAGUCUUCCCAGAGUCAUCAAACAGACCUGGCCUCCAUAUUCAGUUUGCUUGAAGAAAAUAUUAUCACAUUUGUGAAGAACGAGCUGAAGAUGUUCAAGAGGAUUCUUAGUCCAGAACUCCCAGAAGGCUUUGAGAGUCAGAAGCAGGAUAAGGAAGUGGUGGAUGCUGAAGAUGAGAAGCAUGAGAGCAGUGCCAGAGAGGGGGCUCUGAAGAUCACACUGCACGUCCUGAGGAAAAUGAACCAGAAGGAGCUUGCUGACACACUGGAGAAAUAUGAACUUGCUGUGAUUUGCCAACGUGAACUCAAAUCUAAUCUGAAGAAGAAGUUUCAAUGUGUAUUUGAGGGGAUCGCUAAACAAGGAAACCCAACACUUCUCAAUAAGAUCUACACAGAGCUCUACAUCACAGAGGGUGGAACAGGAGAGGUCAAUAAUGAACAUGAGCUGAGACAGAUUGAGACAACAACCAGGAAACAAGCAAGACCAGAGACUGCAAUCAAAUGUAACGACAUCUUCAAACCCUUAACUGGACAAGACAAACUUAUCAGAACUGUGCUGACAAAGGGAGUCGCUGGCAUUGGAAAAACAGUCUCUGUGCAGAAGUUCAUUCUGGACUGGGCUGAAGGAAAAGCAAAUCAGGAUGUCCAAUUUGUAUUUUCAUUGCCUUUUCGUGAGCUGAAUUUGAUGAAAAGGGAAAAAAACACUUUGAUUGAACUUCUCAAUCACUUCUCAAUGGAAACCAAAGAAUCAAGAAUCUCCAACUACGACAAGUACAAAGUUCUGUUCAUCUUUGAUGGUCUGAAUGAGUGCCAACUGCCCCUAGACUUCCAGAACAACAAGGUCUGUUGUGACGUCACCAAGUCAACCUCAGUGGAUGUUCUGCUGACAAAUCUCAUCAAAGGAAAUCUGCUUCCCUCUGCUCUCCUCUGGAUAACUACCCGACCUGCAGCAGCCAAUCAGAUCCCUUUAGCGUUUGUUGACCAGGUGACAGAGGUUCGAGGGUUCAAUGACCCACAAAAGGAGGAGUACUUCAGGAAGAGAUUCAGUGAUGAGGACCUGGCCAGCAGAAUCAUCUCACACAUAAAGACAUCAAGGAGCCUCCACAUCAUGUGCCACAUUCCAGUCUUCUGUUGGAUUUCUGCAACAGUCCUUGAAGACAUAAUGAAACUUAAGAGAGAAGAGAUGCCCAAGACUCUGACUGAGAUGUACACACACCUUGUGGUGUUUCAUACCAUUAAGAAGAAUGAAAAGUAUCUUGGAAAAGAAGAGACAGGCCCAGACUGGAAUAAAGAGAGCAUUCUGUCACUGGGAAAACUGGCUUUUCAACAGCUUGUGAAUGGCAAUCUGAUUUUCUAUGAAGAAGACCUGAAAGAGUCUGGCAUUGAUGUCAAUGAAGCCUCAGUGUACUCAGGAUUGUGCACACAGAUCUUUAAAGAGGAAUGUGGGCUGUACCAGGACAAGGUGUACUGCUUCGUGCAUCUGAGCAUUCAGGAGUUUCUGGCUGCUGUAUAUGUGUUCCUUUCAUUCAGCAACAACAAUGAGAAUCUAAGCGAACUGCAAUCAACAUCUAGUAACGAUUGUCUACUGAAGCCAGAAGUUACUGUCUACAAGAGUGCUGUGAAUAAAGCUUUACAAAGUGAGACGGGAAACCUGGACCUUUUCCUCCGCUUCCUUCUGGGCCUCUCACUGGAGUCCAAUCAGAAGCACUUAGGAGGUCUACUGACAGAGACAGGAAGCAGCUCACAGAGCCAUGAAGAAACAGUCAAGUACAUCAAGGAGAAGAUCAGGGAGAAUCCCUCUCCAGAGAGGUGCAUCAAUCUGUUCCACUGUCUGAAUGAACUGAAUGACCAUUCUCUAGUGGAGGAGAUCCAAAGCUACCUGAGCUCAGGAAGUCUCUCAGAAGCCAAACUCUCACCUUCACAGUGGUCAGCUCUGGUCUUUGUGUUGCUGUCUUCAGAAAAGGCGAUGGAUGUGUUUGACCUGAAGAAAUACACCAGAUCAGAGGAAGGUCUUCUGAGGCUGCUGCCAGUGGUCAAAGUCUCCAGAGCUGCUCUGCUGUCAGGCUGUGGAGUCACAGAGAAAUGCUGUGAUUCUCUGGUCUCUGCUCUGAGGUCAAACCCCUCACACCUGAGGGAGCUGGAUUUGAGUAACAAUGACCUGAAGGAUUCAGGAGUGAAGCUGCUCUCUGAUGGACUGGGGAAUCCCCACUGUAAACUGGAGACUCUGAGGCUGUCACGCUGUCAAGUCACAGAGGAAGGCUGUGCUUCUCUGGUCUCAGCUCUGAGGUCAAACCCCUCACACCUGAGAGAGCUGGACCUGAGCUACAAUCACCCAGGAGACUCAGGAGUCAGACUGCUCUCUGCUAGACUGGAGGAUCCAAACUGCAGACUGGAGAAACUCAAUAUGGAACAUGGUGGAGAGUACACAAUGAAUCCUGGGCUUAGAAAAUGUGAGUGUUGACUGCUGUGAAGAAUAUGACUAAGAAUAAGUCUUAAGUCAUUACUUACUUGGUCAUAUUAAAUAUCAGCUGUAGUUCUACAGAAUCAGAAGUCAGGGACACCAACAUUUAGAAAGAGCUGUUUUGACAAUGUGUGUGUCUGUGUAUGUGGGUAUCACUGACCCCUCCGGUAUUGUUGCUCUUUCCAUGCACCAGUUUGGGAGGUCUACGUCACCGGCCUCUAGGAAGUGAACUGUGUCAUUACCUGGUCUCCAUUUCCUCACUGAUUUAUGUCUGUAUAAAUGUGCCCUUUGGUUCACCAUUUAUUGUUGCAAUGUCUGUUGUGCCUGUGAGUACCUGUGCUUGUGUUGUUUUGACUUUCGUGCCGCUUUGAUGUGCAUAUAUGAUUACGGGUCUCAUCCCGUGGUGUAUCAUUGUGAGCUCUUGUUUACGGGUCUAGUCCUCUGUAUUUAUUUGAAGUACUCUUCGCUCUUUUGUUUGGGUUCAACCCUGUGUUUUGUAUACGUGUUUGUUUGGGUUCAAACCUGUGUUUUGUAUAUGUGUUUGUUUGGGUUCAACCCUGUGUUUUGUAUAUGUGUUUGUUUGGGUUCAACCCUGUGUUUUGUAUAUGUGUUUGUUUGGGUUCAACCCUGUGUUUUGUAUAUGUGUUUGUUUGGGUUCAACCCUGUGUUUUGUAUAUGUGUUUGUUUGGGUUCAACCCUGUGUUUUGUAUAUGUGUUUGUUUGGGUUCAACCCUGUGUUUUGUAUAUGUGUUUGUUUGGGUUCAACCCUGUGUUUUGUAUAUGUGUUUGUUUGGGUUCAACCCUGUGUUUUGUAUAUGUGUUUGUUUGGGUUCAACCUUGUGUUUUGUAUAUGUGUUUGUUUUGGUUCAACCCUGUGUUUUGUACAUGUGUUUGUUUGGUCUUCGUCCCCGUGCCUUUACAUGGCACGCUAUAAUUUGGGUCAAUAUAAACCCUUAUUACGCAUCCCUGCGCCUGUCUCCCAAUCCUUCACACAAUGUGACAGUGUGUGGCGUGUUCAUGUUACAUUAGAAAUGUGUGUGUGUGUUCAUGCAUGCAUACAGGUGUGUGUGUGUGUGUGUGUGUGUCUCUGUGUGUGUUACAUUAAUGGGAAUGAGAGUUUUUUAUAUUACCAUACAGUAUAAUAUAUGAUCAUUCAACAAGUCUCACGUUACCUUAACUUCUCCUUUUGAUACCUAGAAACAUCUAUAUUAAAUUAAUUAGUGAAAAGUAAGUUAACAUUCUAAUGUGAAUGAUGAUGAUUUCUAAUAUUGUACCCAAACACAGCAAACAGACUCCUCUCUCUGUCUGAGGAGAACAGAAAGGUGACAUGUAGGACAGAGGAACAGCCGUACCCUAAUCACU